UACAAAGAUGGUGGCUUCAGAAACGGAACAUUAUUAGCCGAUCUCCAGGCUCGUUUUUUUCUUGAACAUGUGUUGGGAAGAUAAAAGCAACAAUGCAAGCCCAUCUGCUGGAAGGAAUGAAUUUAUUGCAGUGAGCAGAGAUUAUCGGAAAAGUGUUGUGUGGCGAAUUGCAUGUUUUCUUUCCCAAUUUGAAAGGUGGUCUCCUCCAUGGAUGCUAGGAAGGGUGAAAUUUUGAAGAUUACAGAGCACGAAUGGAAACUUGGUAUCUGUAUUGGAAGGGGAACAUGUAGUGAGGUUUUUGAGGCUGCUGGGACCCUCUGCUACAAGAGUGGGCGUAUGAGAGCUGUUAAAGGAGCUGUCAAGGUUUUCAAGGAAGGAUCACAAUUUGAACAAGCUGCUCUCAACGAGAUAAAGAUUUUGCAGUAUUUAUGUCAUGAAAGUGAAUCCCUCGACGUAUAUUACCAUAUGCAUUUAUUGGAUUACUUCCUUUAUAGAGGUAAUUUCUACUUGGUUUUUGAGCAGUUGGAUUGUCAUCUUCAUCACAUUUUGCUUAAGUACUCAGGCAAAGGUCUUCCUAUCUCUAUUGUGAGAAGAUGUUCUAAAGAUGUUGUCAAAGCCUUGAGCUUUUUAGCCAUCAAAAGAGUUGUUCAUGGUGACCUAAAGAUGUCCAAUAUAAUGUGGAAUCCAAACAGAGGUAUCUUUCAACUGGUGGAUUUUGGACUCAGUUUCCUUGAAGGACAUCUUCAACCUUCUCAGCCUCUUCAGAGCCCUGGUUACCAAUCUCCUGAGGUGCAAAUGUGGAACAGACUAGUUCCUCAUGGUACAACUGAAAAUAGUAUGUCGAAAUGUUUGUUUGCUUGUGACAUGUGGAGCUUUUCUUAUGUACUAUGGUACAUGUACACAGGACACCCAGCUCCCAGACAUGAAUUGCAUGAACCAGUCUGUACCAUGUGCUUGCAAGAAAAGGAUUGUAUGCAUUUCCAGCAAAUCAAGAAGGAAUUACCUCAAGAUGAAAGAGAGAUUACGCUUGAACAACAUAAUUUUUUUCUUGACUUUGUUAUGAGAAUGAUGAAGUGCAAACCAGAGCAGAGGAUAACACCUUUUAAUGCCAUGCAGCAUUCCUUUCUUAACGAAGGUUCCACCUGGAAUGUUCCAUUGGGUUUGACAGAGUUGUUACUGCUUCCAACUAGAAUCUUACAGCUGACCAACAUUCUUUUAGAAGACCUCUCCACUGAUUUACUAUUUGACGGAUUGAUGGAUGUGAAGGAGGAGUGCGCAAAGUUUGGUGCUGUGAAGGGAUUCAAGUUUACUGGUGAUUCAAAUACAGGAUAUAAGGUGUUUGUCGAGUUCUCUAAUGCUGACGACUGCUCGCGGGCCCACAGUGCGCUCACAGGACGGGACUUUAAUGGCAGGACAGUCAUUACCAGCUUUUAUCCCAUAGAUUAUUAUCAUAUUGAUUACUUUUGGUGCUGAUACUUUUUCUGCAAGAUACAAAAAAAAAAAAAUAUGAACUUAUCUUCUAUGCUCCUGUUUGUGAAUUAAGGAAAAAAGAAUCUUCAUCUGAUUUCUACAAAUUUUUAAUUCAGAAGUGAACCAAAGUUAAACCAUAUUUCUGGUUUGGAAAAAACAUUCCUCUUAAAAUGUUUUCUCCACCGAAGAGUAUACAAAGGUACUAGUGGACCUGAGAAUGGCUGUAGGCUUACCUUCCAUGGGUUAGCAGCCUUUCUAAGAGGAGAAUUAAUUGUGUCGGCAAACUUUGAAGAUCAUGUAUUGUUUACUGUCAUGAUAUCCUAAUCCAAACCUUCUCCCAUGGCUGUUUUAAAUUGUAUUUUCUUCUCCCUCGGCUUGCUUAAAACUCUGUCGAAAAACCCCAUGUCAAUUAAUCCCAUUCCCAGGCACUGCUAGGGAUCUUUCACCAAAAUUUAUCUUGUUGGGGUACUCCUUAAGGGUCUUGUAUUUUCCCUACUUGCCUUUUACUGUCAUUGGCAAUUUCUUUGAGGUUUAAUGAUUUUUAUGGUAUUGUUUGAAUAAUUGUAAUUAACUUAUUAAAGUUUUGUUUGGGUAACUCUAA